AUGGACCCAAAUCCCCUCUCAGACCGCGAGAAGGCGCUAGAGGACAAGUGGAUUAGAGAGAAAGAGAAACAGAUGGCAAAGGAGAGAGCCGCAAAGAAGGAGUCAAGUAAAGACACCAACACCGGCGCUAUAGUCAAAGAGCAAGAGUAG